AUGGGCGUGGCAAGUCAAACGGUGACCAUGCGGAUGGGUGGUGUACUGCCCAUCGAUCUAAGCUGUGAUUGGCUGAGCGUGAUCCUGGAAGAAAAGGUGGAAAAUAUCCAUCUCGGUGAAACCACAGCUAAGCUUUGCCCAGCGGGCCUCCAGCCGCUAACAGGAGUGCGUCACGUGCGAACCUGUGAGGACGAAUGCCCCUAUGGAUCUACAUGUAUAAAAGGAAUAUGUUGCAUGCGACAACCAUCUUGUAAUCACUUCACUUAUAAGCACCCCUCACAAUAUUCCUGCCUACCUCGAGUCAAGCAAAAUUGUCCAGACGGAUACAAAUGUGUGCCAAGUACGCAAGACGGAAUGCAUAUUUGUUGCUCAUCAAAACCACCGCGUGUAGCACGCGUUCCGCCGGAACAGACAGUUUGUCCUGCAAGUCAUCCAGUAAUAAGCAAUGAUCGCCACCAUCUUCGUCUUUGUUCGGAAUGCCAAAACGGUGUCUGCACACCAUUUCGCUCCUCCGACAUAAGCGUCUGCUGCCAUUCUUCGAGCGCCUUCUGCGGGCCCGGAAGCAGCGUUGAGCUCGAUGGUUUGUUAGCCAGGGACUGCUCGAAAUUUCCAUGCAGCGAAGGAUAUGAAUGCUCGCUUGCACCAUCUGGCAGUCGUGUAUGUUGCUCGUUAGCAGAUUGUUCCAACGGACAACGAGCGCGAGCAGUCUGCGCAGCCGGGUGUCGUCGGGAUGAGAAAUGUGAGGUGAUUCUGGGACAACGAUGGUGCUGUCCCACUGUGCCAAGUAGAUGCCCGGAUGGUAGAAAGAGCGGAUCUUCUUGCUCUCCGAUAGCGUCCACAUGUGAUGAAGGAUACGAAUGCAUGGAGAAUGAAAAGCGAGAUGAUUACAUCUGCUGUCAGAUUUCUUCUUCGAAGAAAGAUUUCAUGAGCUUAAUCAAAGCAGUCAAACUAUCGAAGCGACCUCUACCAACCUCUGCAUUUACAACAUAUGCGCCUCUGGUUGAAACAACGACCACGUUUCCCAGUAGUGGGCAAAGGCUUCGAUGUGGAGAAGAUGUUCUUCCAUUGCUCAUUGACGGGGAGUAUUUGCGAUGUCCACAGCUUGGAGCACCAUGUCCAAGAGCUGGAUAUACUUGCCAAGUCGGCAUAGGUGGUCUUUUCUGCUGUCCAUUGGACGUGGAAGUUGUAGAAGUUGAAGAGGAGACCAAUGUCGAAAAAGAGACCACAACCAUUUCCUCUCCAUCAAUCACAGGAAGAAAGACAGAAAUUUCUUGCAGAGGUUGCUUGGAAAAGGUAACGACAACAACUGAGCAGCCUAUUCCAAAAUGUCCGUUCGCCUUUCGAGAGGCCCGUGCAGAAACCACGGACGAAAUUAGGAAAUGUGUUGGAUUUCUAGAUUUCUCAUGCCCAUUUGGAUACACAUGUCUACCAUCAUCAACGACACCGUCAUUUCUGUGCUGUGCACAAAACACAACAGCUUUGCUUUAA